AUUGACGGCACCCCUUGCUAGGCAUUUUGAUCGACGCCUAUAAACCAGGUCUCCUGGGUCUUAAAUCCUCUAGGUCAAUUGUUCCAUUUUCUUGAUUCUCGUCACUUACCUGUAUGAACAUCUUGCUAACUGCCUUGAAAAGAUGACCAUCGGAGAUUUCUUUGAUUUCAAUAAGGCCGAAUAUGCACGUCGCAUAUCAUUUUACGACGUUAAUCGCUUGCGAAAGCAGGAAGUGGUCAAAAUACGCCAACAUACUGCUGCCAUGUGCAGUAUUACCACAGGAGCAGCAGGCGCACUGCUAUCCGGCGGAGGUACCCUCCUGCUGAGUGCCUAUGGGGCUCGCCGACUGUCCGUAGCGCAUUCAAAACUUGAGCUUAUACAAGCAGAGCUUACAAAACGCGGCAUAGCUCUACACGAAAUACAGAAGCGAGAUAUCUUCAUCCCUGUUGGAGCAUCUAUUGUCGGAAUGGGCGUCGGUGUCGGCAUAGACGAGGCAGCCGCUGUUGCAACCAACACCAUCCCCAUGGAAGCGAGUCUACCCCCAGGGUCUUCUCUCACUGAUGCAUUGUCUACGAACGCGAGUGGCGUAAUCAGUGGGGUAGCUCACGGUGUCACAGAGCAGACUCACGAGAUGGGGCAGGCCAUACUGAAUAUAGACAAUGGCAUUCCAGCAGCCCAGGACCUUGCAAGAGAAACAAUCUGGGCUCCUGCGGCGUCUACCCAGGACGCCAUUGGAUUUCACGCUGGCAUGGUUAUAAUGCAGGCCGUUGAGAAAGGAUUCGCAAGCCUAACAUCGAACCUGUUGGCAACGUGGACUAUGGAAGCCCUGACUGGGGAUGUUUCCAAGACCAAGCCGCCGGUAUUUCGGGACACCCGGACAACAAGAAAGACUGUCCCCGCAACUAGUAAAACGCAUAUGUCCAAGUUUUGGCGGACUGAAAGAAAGUUUAUAUCAUCUUAUCUACUUUGGAUGGGCAUCCUUUGCUGGCUUUCUGGUGUAUUUAUGUUAUUCUUGUAUUGAGAUGGCUUUCCUUGCGAAACAAUAGUUAUCUGGAAGAGGGCUUAUCCUUGUAGUUACAUAAAGACUUGCUAAUACUUUAGCAGCUCCUGCCACAUCACUUCCCAGGCACUGUUGGGACGGAUAUGAUGAGGAAUCGAGAAUCCCGGGCCGGCAGCUGGCUGUAUAACUGGAUUGGCAACACGGUAAUGAGUAUCAUCGCAAGGCUGAUGAAACUUCUAUCCACCACUGUGCAACAAGCUAGUGAAAGAUGUUUGUACCUAAGCACGGGUGCAGAAUACGGCGGGAGGGGAGUCCCGUUGAAAGAUGGUCAGGAACGUGCUUUGAAGUCAAACAGGACGACCUGUGGUUCACUGUUUUCCAUCGACGAAAGGCUGGAGCCCAUAUGGGAACGAUAAGGUGCUUAGCGAACUGCAGGAGAAGCAGGCACCUGAAAUAGUCUGGAGAUGGACCGAGGGUAUAUUGAAGCUUUGUCAGUGACCAAAUGGCGCAGUUUGACGGUUGUGUUGAGAUCUCCCUCUAAAGAAUUAUCACGUCUUAACUAUAUUAGAGCAACAUCCUAGACUCAGUCAAACUCACUGUCCCAAAAAAGGGAACAGAACCUCAUCAUAUCUAUCGACAUACGACCACAAGAUCUUGAUUUUCCCAUCCUCCACGACAAGCACGUCACCACCCUGAAUGGCCGGUAUCUGCUCAUAAUCUGCCUCACUA